GCCUCAGAACUGGCCUGAGCUGGCUGUUCUCUCAGGCCUCUGUCCACCCUACCUGUCCCAUUCCCAGGGCUGCUUUUGUCAGUGGCUCCCUGAAUCGUGGUGCCCGAGGGCAAAUGACACACUGGCACCGUGAGGCCCCCCACCCCCACCUCACAGUCCCACUGUGAAGUCAGCGCCUUCCAAUAGUUCCGUCAGAGGUGUGCAGUGGGGCCAGGGCUGGACAUGGCCCCCGGUCCCCAGCCUGCGUCCUGCCUGCGUGGCGGCCCCCUGGGCCUCACAUGUCUGUCUCUUCUGCUCAUCCCUGCUACAGCUGGAACCUACUGUGAAUGCAGCCUUGGCCUCAGCCGCGAGGCCCUCAUCGCCCUCCUUGUGGUGCUGGCGGGCGUCAGUGCCAGCUGCUUCUGUGCCCUUGUCAUCGUGGCAGUUGGUGUCUUGCGGGCCAAGGAUGAAACAUGCCCGAGACUAGUGGACAACAGGUUGGUGGAGAAUUUUGGAGUCCAGGAAAAUCGCAUGGACCUGCACCCGGUAUACGUGGAGUCCCAGCUAAUGGACGCUGACCUGGAGGUCUCCAUGAUGCCACCACUAGAGGAUCAGAGCCUUGUGGUCAUUCCCAUGGAGGCUUCUCCAGAGGAGCCGCCGCCACCCCCGCCCCUACCACCUGAGUAGGGCUGAGGGCAGCUGGGGGAGGGGAAUUAAAGUGUAUUUAGUGGUUGUGCACUGUCCUCCCUGCAGGCUCUC